GUCUUAUUGAUCACGCCUGACACCUGCAUUGUGUAAUAAUAAUGUCAACAAUGCACAGACAGCUUCCACAUAUUACCAAUCUUAUUGACGAAGUGGAUACUAUCAUCAUUGAUCGAACAAUACUUGAGGAUGGGAGCAUAAAGUCAUCAGGUCUAUAUACAAUCAAGAAUGAGAUUGUUGACGACAGAAACAUAGCUAGGAUUACACCAAAUGAUAAAGAUCACAUUCACAAUAGGAAUCUUACUAUUACUGAUGACAACGGUAAGAUGGUACUAAUGUGCGUUAACGAUAACAGAAAUUGCCUUAGAAACGCCUUGCAUAUCUAUAGUCCUGCUGGAUUUCUACUUGGGACUGUUAGAGAAAGACAUUUCAAAUGGAAAGCAGACUAUGAUAUUUGCACAGGAAAUCAAGAAGUCAUUUUUUUAGUUACACAUGACUCUAGUGCAUCCUAUUUGAUCAUUAAGAUAAAACAGAAAAUUGGUAAAGAUAUGGUAGCUGCGUUGUCAUCUUCACAUGGGGAAAACGGAGAAGUCAUAUAUUCUAUUAUUAGUAAGUAUUUUGAGUCAAUUUAAGAAUAAAAGGAGGUAGGAUUUAAACAAUCGGGUGAGUAAUCAAGCAUGCAUAGCCAUGUUGUUGUAAGUUCAAGUAAAGUAACAGUCAUAUCAUGUCAAAAUUAUAUCUUACUCUGACUUGUGCUGACAAGUCAUUUAAAGCAUAUACGAGCGCACUGGUUCCUGAUAAUUUCGUAGUAUAAAAACAGUUAUUCCUGAGUUAAGCAACAGGGCAAACAUGCCCUCCUAUUUGAAUUUUAUAUAUCUUUUUUGUUUUAAAAACAGAACAUUCAGCAAGAGUUAUACGUAUAAUGAUCACAAGUCUG